UAUUCAAACUUAUUAACCAAUCAGAGUCUUACUUCUAAACAAUUCAAAAGCGUUUUGCAAUAAACAGUUGAAAAACUGUUGAGAUUUAGAUUACAUUGAAAUGAAUGGACUAUUCAUUGAUUCAUAAAUUCAUUGAUAUUUUUGAAAAAUUUUGAAAACAAUUUGUUUAUUGAUUUUUAAACUAAACAUCACUUCAUUUGAUCCAUCAAUUGAUCACAUAAUUAGUGAUUAACACAAACGAUGAGUGAUUACGAAGAGUUCGACUCAUUUACAGAGAAUUUGAUCCGAAAAAAUCGUGAAAGGGAUAGAUUUCUUGAUGAUUCAAUCAAUUACAUCGAUGAAGACAUUGAAAAUGAAGUUUUCGAGUUAUCAACUCAUGAGACAAAUGAACCGAUUAUUGACACCAAAAGUGUUGUUAAGAAUGAUAUCAAAAGCAACACAAAUGUUGUCCAAAAAGAUAAUAAAUAUGAAGACAAUGCUAUCUGUGGUUCACCUAAAAGAUUAUAUGAGAAUUUGACAAAAUUAUCACCGAAUCGACAAAGAGUACCAUUGAGUAAAAGAUUGAACUCAAUCGCUAAGACCUAUCAAAAUUCAGAUGAGUUUACUAAUGAAUCUUCGUAUGAGAAACAAGACGACGACAUCCAAAUCAAGAGCAGUGAUAGUAAGUCUUCUAUCUCUCUGUCAAAAAGUAAUAGUAAAAGUACUUUAUGUCCGAUUGAGUCCAAAGAGAGCACACAAUCUGACAGAUUAUUCCAGAAUUUAUCAAACGUUUCUUCAAAUCAACAAAGAGUACCAUUAAGUCAAAGAUUGAAUACCAUUGCAAAGUCAUAUAACUCGGAACAGACUUAUGAUUCUCCAUCAGUCGUGACUUCAAAUAGUAAUAAUAUCAAACAAAAUCCUUUGUCAAAGAAUUUGAGUAAAACCAGUUUAACUAAGUCUUUGAGUAAAAGCAAUGUCUUCAACAUUAAGACAACAACUAUUGAGAGCAACGAAAAUGUCAGUCAGACUAAUCUUACACAAAGUGUCAAAAACAUUGUCACCAAAACUGAUAACAUAAUCAAUGUUUUGCAAAAUAAUGAUUUCAUAAAGAAAUCAGAGGUUAAGAAAGAUGAGCCCAAAAACAUUGUCGUUAAGAGUAAUAUAAAAAAUAAUAUUUUUAAAGUUAAUGACAAAAUGAUUAGUAAUAAUAAUAAUUAUGAUAAAAAUGUUGAAAUUCCUGUCUCGACUAAUAUAGCACUUCGUAAAAAAUUUCUUGAGGAACGACUGUUCUGUUCUGAAACUUCGACAGCAAUUGCCUACAAAAAAGAACUGGAAAAUCGUCAAAAAGAAUUAACAUCUUUGAAGCGACCGAUGAGUCCAAGUCUAUGGCAAUCAAAAGAUACGCCAACUAAGAAUCAGUCAUCACAUCCCUGUUCAUCAAUAGUUGAAAAAUCAGAGCCAGUGGUUGAACAAGUUGUGCCUCAAGUGAGUACACAGAAUGCGAUUCAAAGCGUUCAAAUGGAUUUGGAUCUACCAAUAGAAGAGACAAAACAAAAUAAUUUGUCGACUGAUUCUGUUGAUAAUGAAACGGCUCAUCAAACUGUUUGUGAAGCCUUUCAAGAUAUUGAUGAACAUUCAGAUGAAGACAUUAAUUAUGACACACACUCAGAGACAAGUGAAUACAAGUAUAUAAAUGAUAAGAAUUUAGACAUUGAUUACGAGAGUCCCACUAAAAGGAAUCGACUCUAUCCUCAACUUGAUAUCAACUCUCAGGAAGUAUGUGGACAAUACAAUGCAAGUGAGACAAACUAUGGAUCUCCUCCUCCGACAAAACCUCCGCGUACUCAUGAAGAUAUACCAGAUAAAGAUGCCACUCCUUUGAGAACAAUUAGUUUCUAUAGAAGAGAACAGUCUCUUAAGUGUAAAACCAAUACCACACCUACUAUUCAGACAAUUGUUUUUAAGGAUGUAGUUUAUGAGCCACAAAACAAUUUAGAUGUUUACGAAAGAAAGAAAAGGAUUCAAAAGAAAAUCGAAGAAUUGAAACGAGAAGUCGAAGAACAGAAUAGGAUUGCAGGUCAGGCCAGUCAAGCACUGAAUCUGUGUCUCGAAAACACAGAGUUCAAGGGAUCCAUAGAACAGGUCGAAGCAGAAAAAGUACUUCUUGUUUCAGGUCAGAAACGUAUUGCUCUCUUGAAUGAAAUACAAAAAUUGAAGAUUAAAUUGACUGAUACAUCGUUUGAUACCGAUAUGACCACCGGAUCACUCAAUCUUAGUAAUAUCAGAUUACCCGUAAAAGGAGAAUAUCUUGUGUCACGUGCUAAAGGGAUAGUUGCAGACAUCCAUCACUUGGUGUGUCUCGUAUAUAACGGUCCGCAUGUGUUUGUGUCAAACUUGUUGAGUACUGACAAAGGCAUCAAAAAUGGUGUCUUCGAGUUUGAGUUUGGAGUCAGUCUGUCUGACCUUAACAAUGAUUUUGGUGUUGUUGUUCAUAUUUAUGACUUAAUUACAUCUAAACAUCAAUUACCACAUGAAGUCAAAUACCACAUCAAAACUUUAAAGAGAACUCCUAAGAAAAACAAGGGCUCAAUGAAGUCACCGACUGUUCGCAGUCCCGGCGGUCCCAAUGCUGUGCUGAGCACUAGUUUCCAGUUAAUCGGUGUUUUAAACAUAAAUUUAUUCAAUUAUCACAAGAACUCAUAUAAACUCGAAAAUUUCAACUUUAAUUCACCUCUUGAGGGAACCAUUCAGGUUAGGGCUGAGCUCACAAUCAAACAUAACUACUAUAGAGAAGGAUUCUUUGACGUUCGCGACACUUCUGGUUUUUGGAACUUGCGUUGGGUUGUCAUUAGAGGUUCUCACUUAGCAUUUUGGAGGUUUCCCGAGGAUGUGACCAAUAAGCCUGCGCUCGGAAAUAUAAACUUAAAGGAUUGUAUUAAUCCAAUCGUGCAAAUAAUUAAGGGACAAAUUUUGAUGAGACCCAACACUAUUGCAUUAAUUACUGCUUCCAACACACCCAACACCAUCUUUACUAAAGGCGGAUCUAUUCCUCGAAGUCGACCCAUUAAGUAUCUAAUGAGUGGUCAAAAUAAAGAUAACACCAUUGAAUGGGCGGCAUAUAUAAGUCGAGCCCUCAAUGGUAUCCGUCAGUGGAGUUCCGAUGCCGUUAAGCCCUACACUCACGAAGAGUUUGAUAGACUUUUAAUUCAAUUGGAUUAAUAUAUUAUCAAUUAAUGCUUUUAUAUA